AUGUCCUAUGAUGAUGUUGGUGUCAUAAUUUUAUUUGUUUCUCAUCCGAGCCCCUCGGCCCGAAAGCUUAACGUAAUAAAAAAAAAAACGGAUACGCAUCAACCUUUAUAUAAGCACCUCUAUAAUAUAGUAAAGAAGAAAGACAUUAAUUACUGCUAUAAAAUAAUAAAUCCCACACACACACACACACACAUUAAAAUGGCUACAAAAGUCACGCAACAUUUCGCUCAGCUUCUACAAAAAUACGGUAUCGACACGGUAUUUGGUAUCGUGGGUAUCCCCAUUGUCCAGUUGGCGGAUACGAUGGUCGCCAACGACAUCAAAUUCAUACCAUGCAGGAAUGAACAGGCUGCGUCAUACGCUGCGUCUGCGUAUGGGUAUGUCAACGAUAAGCCGGGGGUACUGCUUAUUGUUGGGGGCCCCGGUCUAAUUCACUCGUUGGCUGGAAUAUACAACUCAAUGAACAAUAGGUGGCCUCUUUUGGUAAUUGCGGGGAGCUCCUCUCAGAGUGACGUCCAUAAGGGCGGAUUCCAAGAACUGGACCAGAUAAGUCUGUUGUCUCCCUUUUUAAAGUUCACUGGCAAGCUAACCCCUGAUAACAUCGACAUGGUAACCCGAAAGGCUUUGAAUCAUUGUAUACAGGGCACGAUGGGCGUCUCGUACAUUGACUUCCCUGCGGACUUGAUUGAAAACGAAAAAUCAUUGGCAGGAAACGACCACCUGAAUAAUGAAUUACCCAUGAUUUUAAGUCCAAACAAGUGUGGCCCGGACCCAUCAAAGAUCAGAGAAAUUGUACAGCUCAUUUUACAACACAGGGACAAGAACAUCCUCGUUGUCAUUGGGAAGGGCGCAGUGAAAAAUUCACACGAACUUCGCAGAUUGGUAAACAGUUUUAAUCUUCCAUUCCUGCCCACACCGAUGGCGAAGGGAAUCGUCCCGGACUCAUCACCCCUAAACGUGUCGUCUGCGAGGUCCCAGGCUUUGAAAACCGCAGAUAUCGUUCUCGUUUUUGGCGCGAGACUAAACUGGAUACUGCAUUUUGGUUCUUCGCCCAGAUGGAACGCUGAGUCCGUCUUCAUUCAGUUCGACUCCCAUCCCGAAACACUGGGCGAUAACAAUACGUCACCUGGCGCCGGACUCUCCGUUUGGGGGGAUAUAGGCUUGAGCGUAACUGCCUUGAUGGAAGAGCUGCCACAACAAAGACCAGGUUGGAAGUACAGAGGCGUCAACAACUACCUGAGGGAGAAAAUCCACGUGAACCAGACCCGCUUGCAGGAGAAGGAGAAGGUGGGGGGCGCGCAACUGAACUACCAUCAGGUUUAUGGGACCCUAAGGCCGCUUAUCGAGGACUAUAGGACAAUACUUGUCACGGAGGGUGCGAACACCAUGGACAUUGCACGGGUCUCGUUCCCCACCGACGCUCCAAGACACCGUCUGGACGCAGGGACUAAUGCGACCAUGGGGAUUGGGCUCGGGUAUGCUCUGGCGUGCAAGGCAUCCCGUCCGGAGCUCGACGUGGUGCUAAUCCAGGGCGAUUCCGCAUUCGGGUUCUCGGCCAUGGAAAUUGAAACGGCGGUGCGGUGCCAGCUGGCGCUAGUCAUCGUCGUCAUGAACAACAGCGGUAUAUACCACGGGGUGAAGGAUGGCAAGGCCGAACUACCGCCCACCGCGCUAAGCAAGAAUUGCCGCUACGACCUCGUGGGUGAAGGCCUGGGCGCCCACGGGUUCUUCGUAAACACGCUGGAAGAACUAGGCAAGAGCUUCCGGGAAGCCGUGCAGUUGGCCCGCACCAGAAGGGAAACAAGUGUCAUCAACGUCAUCAUCGAACCCGGCGAACAGAAGCCCAUCGCAUUUGCAUGGCAGAACAAACCGCGUCUAUAA